GGGCCGGGCGUCUGGGGCAUGAGCGGGGUGCGGGGCGCCGGGGGGCCUCGGUGCCAGGCGGCGCUCGCCGUCCUGGCCUCGCUGUGCCGGGCCCGGCCGCCCCCUCUCGGGCUGGACCUGGAGACUUGUCGGAGCUUCGAGCUGCAACCCCCGGAGCGCAGUCCGAGCGCGGCCGACGCAGGCACCUCUGCCAGCCUCCUCGCAGUGGUGGUGAUUGUGUGUGGUGUGGCCCUGGUGGCAGUUUUUCUCUUUCUCUUUUGGAAGCUGCGCUGGACGCCCUGGAGGAACAAGGAGGCCUCCAGCCCCUCGUCUGCUGACGUGCCCCCGGGAGCCUUCCAGAGCCCCUGCUCCAGAGCCAAGAUGGCAGACAAGCUGAAGGACCCCCACUCCCUGGGCUUCCUGGAGGCGGCGGUGAAGAUCAGCCACACGUCCCCAGACAUCCCGGCCGAGGUGCAGAUGUCGGUCAGAGAGCACAUCGCACGUCACACACGGCUGCAGAGACAGACCACAGAGCCCACGUCGUCCACCAGGCACACGUCCUUCAAGCGCCACCUGCCCCGGCAGAUGCACGUCUCCAGUGUGGACUACGGCAACGAGCUGCCGCCGGCGGCGGAGCAGCCCACCAGCAUUGGCCGCAUCAAGCCCGAGCUGUACAAGCAGAAGUCGGUGGACGGGGACGAUGCCAAAUCCGAGGCCGCCAAGAGCUGCGGGAAGAUCAACUUCAGCCUGCGCUAUGACUACGAAACCGAGACCCUGAUCGUGCGCAUCCUGAAGGCCUUCGACCUCCCCGCCAAGGACUUCUGCGGCAGCUCUGACCCUUACGUCAAGAUCUACCUCCUGCCCGACCGCAAAUGCAAGCAGCAGACGCGGGUGCACCGCAAGACCCUGAACCCCACCUUCGAUGAGAACUUCCACUUCCCGGUGCCCUACGAGGAGCUGGCUGACCGCAAGCUGCACCUCAGCGUCUUCGACUUUGACCGCUUCUCCCGCCACGACAUGAUCGGGGAGGUCAUCUUGGACAACCUCUUUGAGGCCUCCGACCUGUCCCGGGAGACCUCCAUCUGGAAGGACAUCCAGUACGCCACGAGUGAGAGCGUGGAUUUGGGAGAGAUCAUGUUCUCCCUCUGCUACCUGCCCACGGCAGGCCGGCUCACCCUCACGGUGAUCAAGUGCCGAAACCUCAAGGCGAUGGACAUCACAGGCUACUCAGACCCGUACGUCAAGGUGUCCCUGCUCUGUGACGGGCGGCGGCUGAAGAAGAAGAAAACCACCAUAAAGAAGAACACGCUCAAUCCCGUCUACAACGAGGCCGUCAUCUUUGACAUUCCGCCGGAGAACAUGGACCAAGUCAGCCUGCUCAUCUCGGUUAUGGAUUAUGAUCGAGUGGGCCACAACGAGAUCAUCGGAGUCUGUCGGGUGGGCAUCAACGCCGAAGGCCUGGGCAGGGACCACUGGAACGAGAUGCUGGCGUACCCGCGGAAGCCCAUCGCCCACUGGCACUCCUUGGUGGAGGUAAAGAAAUCCUUCAAAGAGUGGCAGGGCCGCGCCGCCAGCUUCGACAGCGAGAGCACAUGUCCCUCUCCGAAGCCACCUCCGACGCCAUGAGCUGCCCGGCACCGUUAACAGACUCGGCACCGUUCCUUCGCACCCGUCCAACCGUCUAAACAGUGCUGCUCGGUCGCUGGUGGGCGGGGGCCGAGGGGCGCUCGCGGCAGCCCUGCCUGCUCCCGUGUAGGUCAAGGCCGAGGUCCUUGUGCUGCGGUCAGGUCUGUCUUAGUCUUUUCUGUCUCCCCAGGUGAUGUUUUUUGUGGUCUUCACUUUUUAUGGAUCUGCUCUCAAGAAGGGAAGGGAAGGGAAAAAAAGUAGGCAAAAACGAAGAGCGGAGAGCCCAGAAGUUGGCUCAAUAAACUGCAGUGUAAAAUAGUUGUCUUUUGGGGGAAGGUGGUUUGAAAUUUUGUGUCUCCACCAAGCCCCACCACCCUGAGGAAGGAAGUGGGACGGAGCUACGGCCGGGGCCUGCAGGUGCAAGCCCACGCGAAGGUUUAUGACCGAUGAUGACUCUUCGAGGCUGCUCGCCGUGGGACGCGAGCUGCGAUGUUGAAACCAAGAACACCCUGUGAUGUCGGGGAACCUUCAGCCGGCAUGCGGGGCUCCUGGCUCCCCUUCCCCAUGGGCUUCAUUCACGAUCUGAUAAUGUCUCGAUUCCUCAUGGGAACUGAAUCACUUUCUUUAGAAAUGGUUCUGCUGAAACUAAACACGCCAUGCGUUUUCUUGCACCCCCAGUUGAUGACCAUACUUGUUUGAAAACAGGAUCUUUGGCCCGGAAAAUAACCUUCCUCGUUGAGGAGGCACGUGUGUUGUGGAAUGGAUUCUGCCCCAUCCACGGCUAUGUAACUCCAUGAACUAUCGAGCUGUUUAAAAUGCCUGCACAGAUCCAAGAAAAGCCUAAAUAAAAUGUCUUUUUCUGAGUGAGGCAUUGUGAAAUCCAAGUAAUAGUCAGAGCCCAUCUUCCUACGAAGAGUCUCUUCUUGACUGAAACCAAGUCGGCUGCCGUCCAUUUCAGCCCCCCGUGACUCUGGGACAGCAUUCAUCUUGAACUUGAGUUCCAUAAACUACUACGUACUUCUGUGUGUGUUUGUUUCAGUGGUAACGAAUGGUUAUUUUCUUUAGAUUUCUUCCUUGGGCCACAUUCAUUUUAGGAAACAGACAUUUAAACUAUUCCAUGUUGUCACAGUUCCUUUCUGCGGAGUCAGCAUUCCCGCUGACCCCCUGCGACCAUGUAGCUUUGCCCAGGUCAGGACGU